AUGAAGUUCUUCGGCACUCUUUUGAUAGCCCCGUUUGCUGCCCUCGCGGCACCCAUCUUAGAGGCACGUGGUGAAGCCAUCCCGGGUAAAUGGAUUGCCGUCCUCAAACCCGAUAACUCGGCCGAUGUUAUCGCCAGCUCGGUGACCAAACUCUUGGGUGGUGUAGCUCCUAAACACACUUACCAGAUUGGCGAUUUCCACGGGUAUUCGAUUUCCGCGUCCGACGAUGUAAUUAACUCGAUCGCGGAUCUAGCCGAAGUAGCUUAUAUCGAGCCCGACGCAAAAAUAAGCAUCGCAUCCCUAACAACGCAAAGCGCCGCGCCAUGGGGUCUAGCACGGAUCUCCAGCCGGACACCGGGCACCUCCGAGUACAGAUACGACGAGUCCGCGGGCGAGGGCACAUACGCGUACAUCAUCGACACGGGGAUUUUCAUCGAUCACCCAGAAUUCGAGGGUCGUGCCAAAUGGGGCGCCAACUUCGUCGAUGGCAACACAAACGACACUGAUGAGAACGGGCACGGCACACACGUAGCCGGAACUACCGGCUCUGCGACUUAUGGUGUGGCUAAGAAGGCGAAUCUAGUCGCGGUCAAGGUUUUGAAUGCGGAUGGAUCGGGGGCGAUCAGCCAGGUCAUCGCGGGGCUUCAGUGGGCUGUUGAUGAUGCUACUUCGAAUAAACGAAUCGGAAAGGCAGUAGCCAACAUAUCCCUCGGGGCCCUACGUAUCCUCUCCUCAUCCGUCAACACCGCCGCCGCCGCCGCCGUCAAAGCAGGUCUCUUCCUAGCCGUCGCCGCAGGUAACGGCAACCUAGAUGCCUCUCUCUUUUCCCCAGCUUCCGAGCCAACAGUAUGCACAGUCGGCGCAACCGACUCAUCCGAUGCGCGCGCCUCAUUUUCAAACUGGGGCGCUUUAAUCGAUGUCUUUGCGCCUGGCGUGGAUAUCCUAUCUACAUGGAACAACGGCAGCACAGGCGUAAUCUCCGGGACUUCGAUGGCGACACCGCAUAUCACAGGUCUAGGAGCCUAUCUCUUAGCUCUCGAGGGCGCGAAGGAUCCGAUUGCGUUAUGCGAUCGCAUUCAGAAGCUCGCGACGGCGAAUAUUGUGACGGAUUCGUUGUCUGUUAAUAAUAUCUUGGCGUAUAACGGACAGUCGUGA